UUAGCCAGGUGUGGUGGUGCACACCUGUAGUUCUAGCUACUUGAGAGGCUGAGGCAUGAGAACCAAAUUAGCCAGACAUGGUGGUACAUGCCUGUAGUCCCAGCUACUCCAGAGGCUGAGGCACGAGAAUCGCUUGAGAAUCGCUUGAACUGGGAGGCGAAGGUUGCAGUAAGCCGAGAUCACACCACUGGAGUGCAGUGGCUCCAUCUCUGCUCACUGCAACCUCUGCCUCCUGGGUUCAAGCGAUUCUCCUGCCUCAGCCUCCUGAGUAGUUGGGAUUGCAGGUACACACUACCAUUCCCAGCUAAUGUUUUUUGUAUUUUUAGUAGAGACGGGGUUUCAGCAGGUUAGUCAGACUGGUCUCGAACUCCUGACCUCGUGAUCCACACGCCUCGGCCUCCCCAAAGUGUUGGGAUUACAGGCAUGAGCACUGCGCCCGGCCAACCUAGGCGAUGUCUCAAACAAGCAGAAGCCUACUAUAUAUUUUGCACUGUAAUUUUCUUUUUUUCCCUGUCUCUUGCAGAUAUUGAGGGAUGCAUAAUAAUUUUCUUACAGAUCUGUUACAGGGUCUUUGAGGAAGUACUAUAUUUAUUCCUCUUUUUAUCUUCCUCAGUAUUUUACACAAUUACUAGAUUGAAUUUGAAUGUGAUAAUAUUUUGAACUUGAAAUUGUUGUUCUAUCAACUUAUCUUAAGAUUUCACAAAAAGGUAAUGUAAAGAAAGCUGUAUGAGCAAAGGAUCAGUAUUUGAAA